AUGCGUUUCCUUUCCACUCUUCCCGUGCUCCUUGGAGCUGCCUUUGCUCUCCCCUCGCCCGAGAACAUCCAGGAGCGUGCUACAGGUUCUCUCGCUUCCUGGCUGUCGUCUGAGAACACUGUUGCUCUGCAGGGUGUUCUUAACAACAUUGGUGCCAGCGGCUCCAAGGCUUCUGGUGCUAGUGCAGGUGUUGUGAUUGCUUCUCCUUCGAAGUCGGACCCUAACUACUUCUACACCUGGACCCGUGACUCGGCUCUCACAUUCAAGGCACUUGUAGACCAAUUUAUCGCUGGCAACAAGUCUCUGGAACCCCUCAUCCAGCAGUACAUCAGUGCUCAGGCCAACUUGCAGACUGUCAACAAUCCCAGCGGCGGCCUUUGCUCCGGAGGUCUUGCCGAGCCCAAAUUCGAAGUGAACCUUACACCUUUCACUGGUGCUUGGGGUAGACCUCAGCGUGAUGGCCCUGCUCUCCGUGCUACCGCUCUGAUUGCUUAUUCUCGCUACUUGAUUGCCAACGGCAACACCACCACCGUCAACAACAUCAUCUGGCCUGUCGUUCAGAAUGAUUUGUCUUAUGUGACCCAGUACUGGAACCAGACCGGGUUCGAUCUCUGGGAGGAGAUCAACAGCUCUUCCUUCUUCACCACCGCUGUCCAGUACCGUGCUCUGGUCGAGGGUAACAAUCUUGCCACUCAGCUUGGCAAGUCUUGCCCCAACUGUGUCUCUCAGGCUCCUCUUGUCCUUUGCUUCCUUCAAUCUUACUGGACUGGGUCCUAUGCUCUUUCCAACACUGGAGGUGGUAGAUCCGGCAAAGACGCAAACUCAAUCCUGGCCAGUAUCCACGUCUUCGAUCCUGCUGCCUCCUGCGAUUCGACCACUUUCCAGCCCUGCAGUGACAAGGCCCUCGCCAACCACAAGGUCGUCACUGAUUCGUUCCGCUCCAUCUACAACGUCAACCAGGGCAUUGCUCAAGGCUCUGGUGUUGCUGUUGGCAGAUACCCCGAGGACUCUUACUACAAUGGCAACCCCUGGUACCUCAACACUUUUGCUGCUGCUGAGCAACUCUAUGACGCCGUCUACCAGUGGAAGAAGAUUGGCUCAAUUUCGAUUACUUCAAUCUCCCUCCCCUUCUUCAAGGAUGUUUACUCUUCUGCUGCUGUCGGCACAUACGCAUCUUCGACUACUACUUUCACUUCGAUUGUCAACGCUGUUCAGACCUACGCUGACAGCUACAUGUCUAUUGCUCAAAAAUAUACGCCUUCCAGCGGAGCUCUUUCUGAGCAGUACAACCGUGCCGAUGGUACUCCCCUGUCAGCUGUCGACCUGACCUGGUCUUACGCUGCCUUCCUGACUGCCUAUAACGCCCGUGCCAACGUCCUCCCUGCCUCCUGGGGCGCCGCCUCUGCCAAAUUGCCCAGCUCCUGCUCCAGCGGCUCGGCCACCGGCCCUUGCGCCGCAGCCACAAACACCAACUGGGGCAACCCCGGCUCGCCCUCCAAGACCACCACCGGCGGCUCCUGCACAACGCCCACCGCCAUCGCCGUAACCUUCAACGAGCAAAAGACCACCGUCUACGGCGAGAACAUCUUCAUCGUCGGCAGCAUCCCUGCUCUGGGCAACUGGAACACGGCCAACGCAGUUGCCUUGUCUGCUUCCGGAUACACCAGCUCCAACCCCAAGUGGACUGUUACCAUCAGCUUCGCUCCUGGAACCAGCUUCCAGUACAAGUACAUCAAGAAGGCUCAGGAUGGAAGCGUGACUUACGAGAGCGAUCCCAACCGCAGCUACACUGUUAAUGGCAACUGUGCUGGUACUGCUACUGAGAAUGAUAGCUGGAGAUAG